UAAGAGAACCAUGGCACCUCUGAAGUCGAGGCAGACAUUUUUCAAUGCAAGAUUUUUUCUUGCAUAAAUUAUGUUCAUGACGUAGUGCAAAAGGCCAAUUUUGUAGCAAUUUUGUCCGACUUUACAGCUCAAAUAGGAUUCUGUGAGACACCUCAAGGAUUUUUGAUUAUCUGAACUGUUGCAGAAAGGGCAUCGUCAUUAAAUAUUAAGAGACAGGAGAUCCUAACAUUGCAAGCCUCCUUAUCAAUGCAAAUACCUCUUUUGUGUGCAGUCACAGCGCCUGUCUGGGAGCUGAGAUGAAUUUUUAAUUAUGUGUGACUGAAACAAACUGUGACAAGGACCUUUUUAAGAGCCGGGGAUUACAGAAAAUAAGCUGCAUAUACGCGAAUGCCAGGAAGACAGUGAUUGUGGUGGUGCAGCAAGCCAUGAACUCCCAGGAUCUGCCUGCCAAAGAUGCCCCACUUACUGUCAAUGAGCAGCCAUUCACUGUCUGACUGCAGAAGUCUUUUUUCAGCCAUUUAAAUCCUGCACUUUGAAAUUCCCUGCCAAAGACAACCAGGUAUGCAUCCUCCUCUCUCUUCCUGCAUUGUCUCUCUGCACCUUGUCCUCCAGCCCAGGUUGUCUUGCUGCCCCUCCACUAGGUCUGUCAUUAUUGCAUACCAUGAGUCAUCAGCUAAGUUCUUCCAGAGGGAAUUGACAAGGUGGAGAAAUACUGAAUUUACAGAAUUUUUGUUUUACACCCCUCUGGUGCUAGGUCAGAUGAGAAUUAUCUCCUGUUGUUUCAUAAAAUAAUUGCACAUAACUAUUUUAUUACAUUUUUAAUACAAACUCAAAGAAAAGCAGAGGCCUUCUUUGCAUUUGAGUCCUCUUAGAUUUAAAUCCUGAUCGCUGUGCAGGUCAUUGUGAUGUCUGGCCAUGAAACCAUUCGAGUGCUAGAAGUAGAAGUCGAUGCGUCUUCAGCCUCUUCAGCAGCUGAUGGGAAGAGCGAAUGCAAAACUGAUGAGGGCGUGGCUGAAGCUGGAGAGCAACCUGAUGCCAGCAGCACCCAGGACAGCCCCACAGUGCCCCAGAGCACAGGGGGUGGUGUAGUGCUGGGUGAGCAGCAGGUGGUGUCUGUGGAGCCUCCAGCUCCUACAGUCCAAACUCUGACCCCUGCUGUUCCCAUCAGCGUGUCUCUGCCCCAGCACCAGGCCGCCAUGCCCAUCACUGUGCAAGGCUGUCCACAGGUGCUGACCCAGGAAAGUCUAGCCACUCUGAUGACUGGUAUGAUGGCACAGACGGGGUCACUGGGUCAGCCGCUGCUCAUUCCUCUCAGCAUGCCAGGUUCCAUCGGUGGCCAGGGCGGUUUGGCUGUUCUCACUCUUCCUACCACCAAUGUAGCUACUCUCCCUGGUUUCACAGCGGCUAACCCAGCUGGAAGUCUCCUCAAACUGCCCUUUGCUGGCUUUCAAGCUGCAACUGUCCUGAACUCAGUCCAGCCUCAGCUGCAAGCCAAUGCACAGGCGGUGUUCCAGUCUCAGUCAGCACCCAUUCAGCAGGUGCAAGCAGCCAUGCAGCAGGUGACACCUCAGGCACCGCAGGUAACCGGUGCACAGAUUACUGUUGCUCAGGUGGGAACAGCCCAGACGACCACUGCCACCAACACCAUCUCUCCGUCCAACUUGUCAGUGGCAGCACUUCAGACUGCAGGACUCUCCAUUAACCCCGCUAUUAUCAAUGCUGCUUCCUUGGGAGCGCAACCACAGUUCCUCAGUUCCCUUACAUCCACUCCCAUCAUUAACAGUGCCAUGUCCAGCAUGGCUGGAAUCACCAGUCAGAUCAUCACAAAUGCCCAGGGCCAGGUCAUAGGGACACUCCCACUUUUAGUGAAUCCAGCCUCUCUGGCUGGAGGAGCUGCAACUCCCACGCUUCCGCUCCAGGGUCUCCAGGUCCAGACUGUGGCCCCACAGCUGCUUUUUAACACACAGGGACAAAUCAUUGCCACUGUAGGGAAUGGUCCUGCUGCAGUCGCAACUUCUGCAGCAGUUCUGCCUAAAACCACAGCUCCUCCAACACUUACCAAACCUUGCACACAGGCUUCAGUAACAACUGUCACCCAGUCACCGGUUGUCAUUGCCCCACAGCCAACUGUACUAAAGACCGCCACCACACUCUCCCCCUCAGUUCCCAUCACCUGUGGAGACACAGCAAAAGUGGGCCAGCUUGUCAGCAAACCCCAGCAGGCAGUCAGCACAGAGGAGGGCAUUAAUCUGGAGGAAAUUCGAGAGUUUGCCAAGAAUUUCAAGAUCCGUCGGCUGUCCUUGGGGCUUACUCAGACACAAGUAGGGCAGGCUCUCACUGCAACUGAGGGUCCAGCUUACAGCCAGUCUGCCAUUUGCAGGUUUGAAAAGCUGGAUAUCACCCCUAAAAGCGCUCAGAAACUAAAGCCUGUGUUGGAAAAGUGGCUGGCUGAAGCCGAGCACUGGAACCAGAAAGGCCAGCAAAAUCUGAUGGAGUUUGUCGGUGGGGAACCUUCCAAAAAACGCAAGAGGCGUACUAGUUUCACACCUCAGGCAAUAGAAGUGCUCAACUCCUACUUUGAGAAGAAUGCUCUGCCAACAGGACAGGAGAUUACAGAGAUUGCAAGAGAGCUAAACUAUGACCGAGAGGUUGUGCGUGUAUGGUUCUGCAACCGGAGACAGACACUGAAAAACACAAGCAAGAUCAACGUUUUCCAGGUUCAGUAGUGACCUCAUUCUGGGAGAUUUUCUAACCGAUCUUUUAUCCUUUUGGGAAUUUGAACAUGUAAUUCAGCAGCACAGAAAUGAAUUGUGUUGUAAAUAUGACUGAAAGAAUAGCAACUUUUUGAGAAAAUGAAGAAAUUACAAAGAUCUUUUGAAAGAGUGCUAAAACUGAAGUAUAAUUGUGUUCUACUUGUUUACACUACUUUUGUGUGGUGCAUACUAAGUCAAACUGCAUGGUCCUCUUACCUUAUACAGUGAUAUUAACAUGUUAUAUUUAAAACAGUUCAUGAACUUUUAUACAAGUGGUUUUAUAGGCUAUCCCUCUGACUUAUGUUAAGUGGUUAUGUAUUAAGUCACAUUGAGUUUAGUUACAUGUAUGUCACGCUGCGACAAUGGCUUGAUGUUUGAAUACGAAUAUGCUUGGGUCAGAAUGGAUAAUGUGAAAUUUCUAGCUGCAUUAAUUUAUAUCCAGAAAGUAUUUGUCCUGCAUGAGCAGCUCUGCGAACAUAAAUGCAAUGUUGACUGACUGACAUAGGACUCUGCAGAGUAGUGGUUUACACAUUUUGCCUAACAGGAGAAAGAUCUGGAGUCCUCACAAGGAGGACACACAGAUCUCUUUGGGGUUGCAUCGGGAGGGCAUCCAGCAUGAAAAAUCCAAAUCAAACACGUGGAGCUACUUGCUUAGGUGACCUCCUGUGAGUAAAGGAGAGGCUGAAAGUAGCUUCUUUUUCUAUAAGACUUUACAGACUAUAUUAAUAUUAAUUUCAUCAGAUUUAUUAGGUCCAAUAAGCCCUAAAAGUUACAGACUCCUGAUUGUGUUUUGGGACAAUCAUAACUUUGAUAUAUUUAGUUGCUCAUCAUAAAGGUGAGCUUAAAAUCUGUGCUCAUCCUGUCUUUAAUGGAUGUAAGUUUUUUUUUUUCUUUUUUCUUUUUUGCACCUGUGUGAAGUGUGUCACGCUGCUCCAUGUCCAUGGGUAACAAGUUAAGUUAUCAAACUAGUAUUAUAGCAGUCAUCUAUGGUGCCACAAGUGUAAACGUCUUUUUUUUUU